UUACAGAAUUUAAACAAAAUGAAAAAGUCACUAUGCCAAACCUUUUUCCAGAAUUGGAUGACCAGUUAUUAGAAUUAUUAUCUCCAGCAAUGCGAAAAAAAAUUAUUGACCUAUCUACAAAAAAUAAAUGGCCCGAAUCACUUGAAUAUAUGCAGUAUAGAAUUGAAGAUAUAAUUAUUCCAGAUGGGUUUGCCGAUACAGAAUCGGAAUGUCUUGUUAUGAAUAAAGUACUAAAUGAGGCAUUAGGAUGGAAUCUUGGGAUGGCACCAAAUUUUUCCCUUAGACAUAAUUCUGAUCAUAUAAUGAAAUUAGAAGGAGGACAUAAGAAUGUUACUGAAACAGGACAUGUUGUUAUUGAUGAUGGAAAACCUGAUUACCUUCUUUGUUUAGGAACGCCAUGGAUUCAAAAAGUUCAAGGAAUUCUAGAUACAAACAAAUAUGAAUUUCGAAUGAUAGUUCGUGGAAAAUCUUAUAUUAUUCUAACCUUUACUAAGCCAAUCAAAAAUAAUAUAGAUACUAAAGAGGAGCCAGUAUCUAAUGAGAAAAAAGAGUCCCAAGUCUCUGAUUCAUUCACUGAAGAUCUAAAAAAAAAAAAACAUAAUAGAUUCUGA